UCUUUCCCCUCACUCUGGUAAUGCUGGCAGCAUCCAUCCACAGUACACACUGUGCUGUCUCUGUUCCAGAGAGAAUAUAUCAGUUCUGCACAGGGAGGAGAGGAUUAACACAACAUCAGCUCAUCUGCGUAAACAUUCAGGGAACAAAUGAGCACCCAAGGCUUCUUCUCUUUUCUAUCCAACUCCAACCAUCACAGGACUUGAGACUCUCGUUGUUGGAGCAUCGUUCAUGCAAUUCUUACUGUGGUGAGAGGAUUUAAAGGAGGACACAUUUUUUGCGUAUUGGAUUUUGCGAUUUGUGUGUGCUGUUUUUGUUCACUUAGUUGAGAAUUGUCAAAUUGGAACAAUGCAAUUAAUAUUACAUUGUUUAAACUAGCUCUAAGCAUCCAGUUUUUUCCAGGGGGCCUCUAACUUUUUGGACUGCGCUAGAAGGUUUGCUGCUUGUUAAUCUGAUUUGGCCAACCUGAGUGUCAGAAUGCCAUCCAGGGAGUCUUACGAGGUCCGGAAGGGAGAGAAGUCCCUGGUGCAGAAGGCCAAGCAAGAGGCCAACCAGCAGGACAUACUGGCAGCUGCUCUGGGGAUGAGGAUCUCAGGACCCCAGAAACCUCCAGCCACAAUCUGGCAGCCUCUCAAACUGUUUGCCUAUUCACAGCUCACCUCGCUGGUCCGCAAAGCCACGCUGAAGGACAACAGCCUGCCGCACAAGUACGAAAAAGUCCACAACUUCAAGGUCCACACGUUCCGGGGACCUCACUGGUGUGAAUACUGUGCCAACUUCAUGUGGGGGCUGAAGGCUCAGGGAGUCAAGUGUGCAGAUUGUGGCCUGAACGUCCACAAGCAGUGCUCCACUAUGGUACCCUGCAACUGCGUGCCAGACCUGAAACACGUCAAGAAAGUAUACAGCUGUGAGCUCACAACUCUGGUGAAAGCUCACAACACCAAGCGACCCAUGGUAGUGGACAUGUGCAUACAGGAAAUUGAAUCAAGAGGUCUGAAGUCUGAAGGGCUCUACAGAAUGUCUGGAUUCAGCGAUUCAGUCGAAGAUGUCAAGUCGGCAUUUGACAGAGAUGGUGAGAAGACAGACAUAUCUGCAAACGCUUAUGAAGAUAUCAACAUCAUCACGGGAGCACUUAAACUGUACCUCAGGGAUUUACCCAUUCCUGUCAUCUCAUACAACGCCUACCCCAGGUUCAUUGAGGUUGCAAAGCUGGAAGACCCAGAGAAGCAGCAAGAGGCCUUCCGUGAGGCUCUGGAACUGCUGCCUGCAGCACACAGUGAAACCCUGAGGUACCUCAUGGUCCAUUUAAAGAGGGUAACGUUGAAUGAGAAGGACAACCUGAUGAAUGCCGAGAACCUGGGCAUUGUUUUCGGGCCCACCCUCCUGCGUGCCCCAAACCUGGAUGCCAUGACGGCACUCAACGACAUCCGCUACCAACGGCGGGUGGUGGAGUUCCUCAUAAAAAAUGAAGACAUCCUCUUCUGAAAACAUACAUCCAUUCUGCUGAGAUAUGGAAGGAAAGAGCCACAUUUUUUUGUAAAACAGCUUGAUGCUGCCUAAUCACUUUUUUUGUGCCAGGACUUGAAUAGUAAGGAAUCUUUGUAUUACAUUUGUUAUAUAUCCAUUUCCACUUCUAGUGGAUUAGUGCUGAACCACACUUUUUCUUCCCCUGUAACGGGUGUGGAUGAUGAUGUACCUUAAACUUGCAUGUCUGUCUCCCCAUUUUUGUCGGGGCUUGUGUAGAACACUGAUGGACCAGACUUGGCCGUGUCUUUAUUUUGUAUAGCUUUGUAGAAGUAACCCAGCAUGUGGUAAAGAUUGUGAAACAUUGUUACUCUGCUAUUAUUUGUCCUGUAGAUUUACAGUAUCUCCCGCCCGGUUGCCUAUUAGGCAAUUGUUUUUGUGAACAUUGUAUACCUGGAUGUGAAAUAGACUACUGUAUCUUCUCUGAACCUUUGUAAUGAUCUUUGACUGAUCCUGUCUUUUUUUGCAUUUUCAGCUGUUUUAUAUGCAAGUCUUCUUUAGGGGAAAUUCAAAGCCUCUUUCAAUCAGAAAACAAGUAAUCAGUGUACUUUUAAGUGUUCUGUUACAUUUCCUAACAGUCAAAACUUUAUUGCAUUCAAACUACUACAUUUGUGCAGUUAAUGUUUUUUUAUUGUAAUAUUUGUUUACUUAAUUUGCUCAUGUACAUUUUUAUUUAUUAAACCUUGCUUUCUGAAAAUGCACUGGUAUGGCCUGAGUCAUCUCAAUUGUUCCAGUAACAAUGAAGCUGUUGAAUAAGCAUUUAUUGCAGUGCAUGUUCAUUUUAGAAUAUGGUAAAAUAUGUCCAGACACCAGACAUUGAGGUACAUGGCAUGCUACAUUUGCGUGCACUUGCAAAAUGACCUUGAUAAAGGGGGCUGUUCCUCUCAAUCUGCAUAUUGAAAUGAACAGGCAGUGCUAUAGACGGCCCAGGGCCCACAUGACCGUGUGCAGCGUCCCCUCAAACUAUGCGUCAAUCACAAUGAUUCGCUCUGAGAUUAAAACAAAACCCACAAUACCUUUAGGCACGGCCUUCUCUCCAUCCAGAUUUUUAAUUGCUGGAUACAUAUGCAAACAUUGUCACUUGGGGUUUAUGCAUUUUAGGUUUAAUUAACCCACAAGCAAUUUCUUUCCACACAUUUUCCAAAAGCCAGUGAUGUCUUAUCUUCCUUACCCGCGGCUCAUUAUAAGAUCAAAGUGUACCCUUGCAUUUGUGCUGCCAGUGAACUAAAGCUGUUGUUAUUUUGGUUCAUGUGUUUUUCCUGAUUGAGUUUCCAACACUUUCCGCUGAGGGGUAUACUAUAAAAUAGGAUCAAUGACUUAGCCAGCUAACUUUAAUAAGCAACCAUAAAAAAACUUUGAUUUUCUGAUUCAUUAAGAAGGCUAAACAGUCAGGUCCAUAAUUAUUGGCAACCUUGAUAAAGAUGUGCAAAAA